CACUGCCGUAUCUGUGAUCGGUAAUCCAACCACAUGCGUUAACUUUAAAACGGAGAACAGUUUUAUUUUGACCACCCCGGCUCCACCUCAAACAUUUCACCUGGAGUUAUGUAUCUAUAGCCACGACGAACAAAAACGUGACUAGGCACCCAAAGCUCCAUGUUAUGCAACCGCUGACCUACUAACACACAUUUGAGGACGACGAGGAGAAUGAGAGAGAGAGUGUGUGUGUAGAGAGAGAGAGGGAGGGAGAGAGAGAGAGGAAAACUGGAGCAAAGCCUCCGACAUAACAUAAGGACGAGGGAGGGAGUGAGAGAGACGGCGAAUAGCAGCACAUUAAGGGAGUCACAUUAAUCGACACAAAGCCGGGUGACUGGAUCACGACCCACGCGGGACAUUUUCAUGCCGAUGUGAAGUUGUAAAGAGAAGAAAACCAGCGAAACGACACGAUCGGGACACGAAACAGCACAGAGAAUCGCGGAGGACACAUCGACUCGUGACUAAAAGCGGAUUCCUCCGUUUAACAAAAGGAAUUUGAGAUUUCACAUCGAUCUGCCCAACUCAGACUGGGACAAAACAGUGAACCGAGACAGAUCUCAUGAAUAAUAAACAACUUUAUGAAGGUUCCUGAAAAGAACAAGAUCAUUCUAUAUCAUCGAUAACACAAACGACUGGGCUUCAACUAUUUCUGGAGGACCUUUUCCAAGCCAACAAACUUAUAUUGUCUUUAAUCAGAAUUGAAAACAAGCUAAACACAAAAAGGACUUUUCUCUUUUAUAGAGAAGAAACGCAAAACACACGUAUCCAAUGACGGUUGUUUUUGUUGCGUUUCAUCUUCUUCUUAUCUUUUUGACCAGUCUGGAGACUUGAAAGUUUUAAGGAUUGGUUAAAACAAAAGGAAAUUUAGUGCAGUUCACCCUUUAAUACUACUACUCAAAUUUUCAAUGUCCACUGAAUGUCAGUUAUACAGACUGGCCUCGAUAGGACCGCAAUGGAAAGCCUAAAUCUUCCUACGCAAAACAACAGUGCCAACUUGGACACUUUAGAAACAUUCUCAAACUACAGCGAAAGUUUACCAUCUCCUCAAAUCUCUAACUCAACUCGUCAAGGCAGACUAAUAAAACCAAAACCCAACACAAGCUGUCGGAGAAAGCGUGAAUUCAUCUCGGAUGAGAAAAAGGAUGCGUGCUACUGGGAAAAACGACGCAAGAAUAACGAGGCUGCCAAAAGGUCAAGAGAGAAGCGGCGACUCAAUGACAUGGUAUUGGAGAACAGAGUCAUGGCACUGAACGAGGAGAAUGUGCGACUGAAGACAGAACUCCUGCAAUUAAAAUUGAGAUUCGGACUCAUAAGUUCAGCCUCCUACAUGGAGAAGACCCAGCAGAUCAGCAAUGGCACUGAGACAAUGACUAAUGGUGCUAAUGGUACCGGAGCAACAUCUGGAAAUCCAUAUUACUCAAGCAGCGGAUACUCCAGUGCUUCUCAGGUCAUGAUGAACUCUGAUUCCUCAGAGGCCGAGCAGCCAACCAGAGGUGAACGCCACUCACUCAAGUACUCUCCCCGUGGAUCGCUAUCGGACAUGUCCGAUGGAUCUUCACGGGACAGCCCUGAACCCAUAAACUAUGACAUUAAGCAUGAGAGCUCUGGAAUGGACAUUAACAGGCUUGAGGCAAGUGUUCUUAAUGGCAUGUUCAAUGGCCAUCAUGUACGACUAGAGACUCACCAGCCGCAAGAAAGGGAGCAGCGAGAGGGUGUCAACACCCCAGUUCCUCCAUCUGCCACGCCCCAAAGAAGUGUCAUCCUUUUCCGCUCUGGAAGCAGCUCCUACCCCGUUGAGAGCCAAAGGAUUGAGGACAUGGAGCAGCAGGUGGUGUCUCAGCCACAGCAAAAUGGACAAAUCACUCAUUUAACGCAAACAGGGUGCAAUCUGCCUUUAAGACCUGAUGGUUUAGAGACUCUCUCAGAGGUGGCACAGCAGUUGGCAAGGAGAUCUUUGGAUUCACCAAAUUACGAGUUCACCAAUGGCAAAGCAGAUGCUGGGGAAAACAGACGGUUUGUCAUACAGCAAAAAGACCAGAGUGUUCAAGGACAAUGCAGAAGCCAGGCGCAAGAUCUGGAUUCAUUUGCCCCAGAUCUGCUCAGCGAAGUUGGAAAAUCCCAUGUAUACCAGCGGUCAAAUCCCUACCUCGGCACUCUGAACGAGGAGCCCCCUGUUCUAACGUAUGAGGGUUGCCCAAGAACAGAUGGCUUCUAUCAAGAGCACUCCUCCUCAGGCAAGGACACCUCUUCAAGUGACGGUGACCCUCGCAGCUCAGACAAGGAAGCCUCUACUGACGAUGAAUCUCCCUCAUCCUCUUGCUCUGAUACUGGUGGUUAUCACGUCAUCCACCAAUCAGCAUCAUCGCCCACCAUGGCCACUGGUGACACAUGCCAGUAUGGGGACUAUCAAGGUGAAAUGAAAGCCACUGCUCUGCCACACAAGUUAAGGCUCAAAUAUAGAGCACUAUCCAACGGUGGUUCCCAAGAUGUCUGCAGUUCAGUUACGACAGCUGCUACGUCACCUGAUUCCGCUCUGCCUCAGCAUCCGUACCUGGCGUUAGCGCAGGUUAACCAGCAGCAAGGCAGCAGUUCUGGAAGCAAGGACAUGGAGAGUGAGAUGUUAGAUGAACUUUGCACACAACAAUCUCCCUUCAGAGAGAACGAAGAGGGAAGGAAGGACAGUGGGAAGAGGGUAUCAGGAGGACGAGGUAGCAGAAAUAAGAAACGUGACUGAAGCAGGAUGUGAGAUACAUUAAUACAGCUAAGAUGGAUCAAUGUUAUCUUUAUCAUCCUACAGAAAGUUAAAGGGUACCAGUUAAUUGCAUGAAAUGCUUAUACCCCACAACAAAAACAAAAAGAAAGUGUAACUUGUGUUUCUGGUCUGUUCUCUAGUCAAAAGCGAAGAUGUGACCUUUAAUGCAGCUCUGUUCCUACACUGUCUUUCAUAAGCACUUAUAUUAGUAACUCAAAGGGGUUCCUACACUCUUAAAAAUAAAGGUGCCACACUUUGCCAUAGAUUAGAAGAACCGGCAAGAUUCCAUAAAGAACAUUUAACAUCCAGAGACCCCUGCGGUUUCACAAAAGGUGGAAAACGUUACUUAGACUUGAAAAAGAAAAGGGGAACUAAAAAUUGUUCUUUAAUGGAACCUUUUGUAGCACCUUUAUUUUUAAGAGUAGAAGACAGUAAAGGGGCCCUUUCACAACAAACCUACAAAAUGACUUUGUAUAGCAAGUUUUGACUACUCUUCCCUUUAUAUAUUUACAUAACUCUGCCAUGUUUGUAGCUUAGCCUAGUUAAUGGGUAGUUUCUGAACCCAAUACGUAGUUGUCCCUACAAGUUCAUGGAGUUAAAGACGAGUCCUUUUCUCCUUAGUGAUUUCACAAGAAAAACCUCAAAAGAUUUAUGCCUGUCUCACUCUCCAAUUAUGCCUUUUGACCUUAGCAUUAUUUAAGCACUUGGAUUAUAUAAUACUGUGACAUGACUAAACAUAUCAUAUUUCGAAAUAUUUUGCAAGGAUAAAACAUGUCAGUCUUUAAUUGUAGAAACUUAAGUGGGAGAACACUGUCUACUUUUUAGUAUUUGGAUUCUUGUACAGCUCUUUUCGAUUGUUCAUGUUUGAUGCUUCCAGUAUAUUUUUUAUUUCAUUGAAUUCACCUUUAUGCAUCACAUUGAUUGACUGAUACCUGAAUGUCUUGUUCAUAGUGUUUCAGUCAGUCGUAGGUCAACACUUACCAGUAAAAUGACCUUUCACAUCUUGUCCAUCAAUUUACUAUAUUGCAGUGGUUCUCAAACUUUUCCGCGCAUCCCCACAAAAAAUUACGGAACGAAACAAUUUAAACAAUGCUGUUGGUUAGAUGCCUUAUUUUUUCUGAUGUUUAAUUACACAGAAUUUAACAAAAAUUAUUUCAUAAAAACUGGGCACCAUCUUGCGGCCUCCUAGUUUGAGAACCGCUGUAAAGAAACCUUCUUUAAAGUUCGCUGUGACCAAUGCUUACAUGACAUUACGAUUUACCUGACAUUUAGCCAAAUUAGAGUCGAAGCCCUUUCAGAAAUGUCAGUCUGAGCUAGCAGACAGACUGUACAAAGUGUAUGAUAAAUAAUUGCCGUCUAAAGAUGGUCUUGUCCGUUGUGGUCAGGUUUCAGAGAUGUCUCACAUGCUACCUCAUGAGAAUAAAUGGUUGAGGUUACGCAGAACUGAGUUUAUUCUUCCUCUUAAAAGGGGAAUGAGACUUUGGUGUGUGUACCCCAUUGCAUCAUCGUACCCAUCUACUGUUGCGUAUAAAAGUGACCACACAGUAAAAUGCUGCAGCACACAAGUGUUACAAGUAGACACAACAAUUGUAUAGUCCCACUAGUUGUCUUUGUAGAAUUUUACCACAGCUGUAAGCUGCUUCUGCACUGAAUUUUUUUUCCUCAGAUUUUAUACAAUCUGCGUUUAUUUUUCCCAAACAGGUGCCUGGCACUGGCCAUUAUGUAAAAAGUGUACAGACAAAUUCUCUUUUGAGUAUUUUAUGCUUGUAUCAAGUUUAUUUUGGCAUUCUAUAAUAAUAAUUAUUAAUAAUAUGGUAUUUUAUUUUAUAUUCCAAUGCUAUUAUUCUUUUUUGGGUUUAAUAUUUUCUUGUGUCUGUUGUCUGUUCACCUCAAUGUGAUACAGUAUGUAUUUGAUGUCCUGUUCAUCCGUUUCACCUCUGUACCUUGGUGUAUUGUGUGAUAUUUACUGAAGUUUUAAAGAAAAAUGUUUGUAAAAAAAAAGAAGAGCUCACCUGUCAAGGUGCUCAGAAUGACACUAAAGUGGCAAGAAAAAUAAAACGUUGUAUGUCAAAUUUA